AUUUAACAUCAUUUGGAAAUGUGGAUGGUUUUGAUUAGCAGCUCGAUGUGAAGGGCAUGAUGGAGAGGAGGGAUCAGUUUGGUCCUAAUAUAUCGGUUCGCUUCACAGAGUCCUGGAAAAUCUGCUUACAUUGCAAGUGCCCCUACGAAAUUCACGAUCUGGGAGGUGUUACGGAGAAGGAAAAACAUCCGGAUAAAACUGUUCAUAAUGUGAAGCGAAAUUCAACUUCCGACGAUGAUAGCGGCUGUCCGCUGGAGGAAUUUACAUGGGUGCCGCCAGGACUGAAACCCGAGCAGGUUUAUCUUUACAUGAAUUGCUUACCUGAAGACAAAGUACCUUACAUCAAUAGCUUAGGGGAAAAAUACCGCAUCCGGCAGCUUCUUCAGCAGUUACCUCCCCACGAUAACCAGAUACGUUACUGUAAUAGUUUAACAGAAGAAGAGAAAAGAGAAUUACAUGUGUUUAGUUCGCGACGGAAACGAGAAGCGCUGGGGCGCGGAAGUGUUCGUCAACUACCUGUAGCACUCGACCAAAAUAUUACCUGUCCAAAUUGUCGCAAAUUGAUUGCAGCCAGUGAUAUGGCGGUGUUUGCAUCGAGGGCCGGUCCAGACGUUUGCUGGCAUCCUAGUUGCUUUCUGUGCUCAGUCUGUGAUGAGCUUCUAGUUGACCUGAUCUACUUUUAUCAAGACAGCCAAUUAUAUUGCGGUCGGCACCACGCGGAGCAAUUGAAGCCCAGAUGUGCCGCAUGUGAUGAGAUCAUUUUUGCCGAUGAAUGUACAGAAGCAGAAGGUCGAAGCUGGCACAUGAAACACUUCUGUUGUUUCGAAUGUGAUUUUCAGCUGGGUGGAACACGUUACUUCAUGCGAGAAGGCCGUCCCUAUUGCUGCGACUGCUUUGAUAGGAUGUAUACCCGCUAUUGUGAUACGUGUGGAGAUAGUAUCAGUACUGAAGAAGAUCAGAUAAUGUACGAAGGCCAGCAUUGGCAUGCUCUUCCUCAAUGCUUCAAGUGUCACACGUGUCAAAAGUCAUUACUGGGACAACGAUAUUUACCGAAACAUGGCGUUAUAUAUUGCUCUGCGUCGUGCAGCCGUGCGGGGUCAAUGCAGACCCAGACACCCAGGAGGCCCGAAGACUAUUUUCAUGAUUUAAAUCUCCAGAGUUAUGCCUUGCCCCAUUCCCCUCCAGCCCAACACCAAAUGUCGCUGUCCAUCCAUGAUGCAUCACUGGAACCUCCGUUGACCAGUGACUUCCAGCAACAAUGUACGUUGGACAGCUGCGUCUCAUCCGACCGCGACCAGGGCUACGCGACAAGCAGCAAUAGCGAGGUAUAUGCCCCGCUCGGCGGGUUCGAUUAUGUCCGACCAGUUACACCUCACAAAGACGAAACAGAUAUAUUUGAUUACGAUUUUACUCGAAAUGGUUUUGUGGACUCAGCACCUGUUUGUAAGGAGCUCAGGAGAAAAAACCGUUUGUCUCAGUUCUCAAUGCCAGACUUAACGAAAGAUAUGCCAGGUUCACCGGAAACCGAGAGGAGAGCUGCGUUCAAUAACUGGAACAGAGGCCGACACGGCUCUGAACGAAAUCUCGAUAAUCCACAGCAUCUUAAUGACUACAAGCGACCCGAGGAGGAAAAUAUCUACCAGGAAAUUCUAUCGAAUCAUGUUUCUUCGUAUAACAGAUCCAGCUCGUCGACAGAAUGUUCAGUGAAAACGUGUCAAAGCGACGUUUUGCAGCAACACAAGCGAAACGAACGCUCUUUGACGCCAACCAGAGAUUACUCGUCGAUACCGUUGCCUGAUGACAAGAAAAUGAAUCCGAUAUCAAGGCCGAAUGACCCGCGAAUUCAAUAUGAAAUUAGGCAGCAUUUAAUCCAGCAACAACAGCAACAGCAAGGAAUACCGCAACAGCAACAUCGCCACCUUCAGCAGCAGUAUCAGCUGCAACAACAGCAGCAGCAACAACAACAACAGCAACAACACAUGCCACUCGGCUGCCCACGGAGUCGCAGUUUCGAUAGCCGGCCCAUGGUUGUUCAUUUUAGUGAGCCACCACAUCAGGGAGAAAUAUCAACGACAGGAGAAUACAAACGAAGCCCUUCAGAUCCAGCCUUAUCUAGUAACAGUGAAAAAUACGUCGAUGGCGGUCACGCAGACGACCAUUGCAGCACGUGUUCCAGUUCCAGUGACUCUGACGAUUAUUAUUAUUCUUUCGACUGUUCCAGUCGUUAUGGUACGCGUAUUUCCUACGUGGAUGACGUCGGUAUGUCCGUGUGUAGAAUGGGACGUGGUGGCCGUGUGGAAGGUCGGAAUGUUAGUGGUAGAAGCCAUCGUGGUCGAAGCAAACACUGUGCAAUAUCUUAAUAAAAGGAAUCAUUCAAUCUAGAUUGUCCAUUUUCCCUGGCAUUGAUAGAAUGUUGCGAACCUCUUAAAAAGAAAACGACAUUCGCACAAUCUGCAGUCCUAAUUCUUUCGCUAUCAACAUCAACAGCAACAACAAUAACAAGACGAAGAAAUGCGACAACUUCGACAAUGAUUGGUUACAGAAGUGAUUAAAGAAGAUUCAAGGUAGAAGACAUAAUACACUUAGAAGUUUUAGAUAAUCUGAAUUGGAUAAGAUGUGAACUGGAUUGCGUUAUUGGUUAAAUGGAAAAGUAGAGAGGUGAGACGAGAAAGAAAAAAUAGAAUAAUUAUAGAAAAAGAAGACGAGAGAAAAUGUCUGACAACGCAAUUGUUCGGUUAAGAUGAUGUUUUGACCCUUUUUUAUUGCGGGGAGAGACGAAUGAGGUGAUUUCUCCUCUUGGCCGAAAUAAUAAUAAUAAUAAUAAUAAUGAUAAUGAUAAUAAUAAUAAUAAUAAUAAUAAUAAUCAUAAUAAUAAUAACGAUGACAAGAAGUAUGUAUGUGCAUAUACAUAUAUGGUUUCACUGUUGAUGCUUGUUUAAGCCUCCAAAAAUAUACAAAGGCAAGAAAUGUUGAAAAAAAAAACAGAAACUUCAGACAGGUGAGAUAAUGAAGUUGACAAGUAAUUAUUGAAAAUGGAUAAAAAGAGAAAAAAAAAACAACAACAUGCGAAACUCCCAUAAAUGGAUUUGAUUGGUUCAUCAGAAAUAUAUAUAUAUAUUUCGGUAUAAAUAUAUAUAAAUAAUAAUAAAAGCAAGUAAAAUAAGCUUCGAUUGAAAUCUGGUCAAAAACUGCCGGAUUUAAUUGUUUUUUCUUGUUUGUUGUUUUUAGUUUUCUUGUUUGUUUCUACUUCUUCUCCGGCCCCUCCCCUCAAAGCAAUGUAUACUCCGAGCUCCUUGUUGUUUUUGUUGAUGUUGAUGUUUUCCUAAGUUAUUCAUUAUUCA